UUUCAUAUUCAUGUAGAAAUUUUGAAUGUUACGUAAUCACCAUUGGUGACUGUACAUCAGACCUUCAUUCAGAUGAGUUUUAUGUUAGUUGGCUUUGAUUAUGUGAGUCUGCAGGUUCAGCGUAAGAAAAGCAAAUAAGUAAAGUGAGAUUAUUCAAUUUAACAGGAAAAAACAGAAUCCUUCAAAUACUGACUGUCCAAAUACAGGUUGUGGUUGUUUCUGGGUUUUAGUUGUUGGAGUAUAACUGGCUUGAUGUUUUAGUAGAUGAACAUUUGGAGCAUAACACUAUGUAAGUGUGUAUGAUGAAACAUGACCUAUAAGUCAUAGGCACCUGACAUCUGCUAAUUUGCUAUUUGGCAACUAAUUUUGGGUAACUUGCUUAAAAUUUCAUCGGUCAAAUCACUUUCUGAUGUGAUUCCCAGAUAUCAUAACAAACGUUCUUGGCUGUUGCCAUGGAAACACCGCCAAAUAUUUCCAAACACGCUAAGGAUGCCAACCAAUCAGAAUGUCCUAAUCCAGGGGAGGCAGAGCUGGUGGGCGCCUGCUGCAACAAUGCUCCCAAUGCCAACUGGGGGAUGGAGCCAAACUUUAACCUCAACCUUAACCAGACCUCACCAAGGAACCCUCGCCCAACCACCGAGGCCCCAAAGCUGCAUGGAGGGACCAGAAAAGCCGGCGGGAAAUCGGGAGUGAAAGUAACAGUUAACACAGAAAUGGACAAAUGGUCCAGCACCGUGAAAACUACUCUGCUGUCACCUGGAGAAAAAGACAAUCCAUCCCAGCACAAAAACAGAAUCCCAGCAUCCGCUCGUUCACCAACAGCUGAGAGGCCGCUGAACAGCAGAGUGGAGCAAAAGCUAAAACCACCGAACCCCAAACAUCCAACGAUUAGCACCAAGGUGCCCACUCACAGCAGCGUGGCAGUAAGUCCCAAACCACAACGACAGGAGCAAACGGCCAACAGUCCCACACCUGCAGAAAGACGCAAAACCCACGCAGCAGACUUCACAGUGAACAAACUACAAACUACACCGAUAAAUGAAAAAACAAGUAAGACUGUACAUAAACCUGAUCAGAAACUGCAACCAAACCGAAAGGAAGAUAGUAAAAGAGAGAGCAGCCUUAAAACAGUGUCACCAAUAACACUGCACGUUCCUCCAAACCCAAAAGCUCACAGUCAGAAGGGUGAUACAAAAGCAAGCAGUCCAAAACCAGCCACUCGGACUCCAGCGCUGGGAGGCAAACUGCACAAACCAGACCCAGCAAGCAGGUCAGGAAAGGCCAGCGAACAAGGUCAUAACAAGGAGGCGGCCUCGGUUGGUCAGAAAUGUCUAAAUCAGAGGGCGGAAGCAACACCACUCAGUACCAAGAUCCCUCAACAGAGUUCUGUGAGUCCAAAACCAUCUACGCAGAGAAACGUUACAGGGACCAGGAGAAGUAACACAGUCUCCAAGGGCAACCCUGAUAGUAAAGAUUCAAGUGCUGGUUCUGCGUCUAAAACCAUUUCCAGAUCCAGUUCUAAUUCCAAAGCAACUGGGGAGAUCAAGGACAGUCUGGAUUCUCAAUCUGAAACCCAGUCAAAAGCUACACAGGGGUCCAGAGAUAGCCUGGAUUCCAAAAGUGGUUCUGCUUCAAAAACCAGCUGGGGAUCAAAGGAUAGUUUAGACUCUAAAGGUGGCUCCAAUUCCAAAGCCAGCUCUGAUUCUAUAUGUGGAAUGGAGUUGAAGGAUGAUCUAGAACGUAAACCUCAAGCUGCUUUAGCCACUUUAUAUCCCAAAUGUACAUCAAGUAUCAAACCAAGCUCUGAGUCCAAUGUUGCCAAUGAUGAUCCUUCUGGUUCCAAACCCAGUCUGGCCAACAUGACUCCUAUACCUGCUCUGCUAGUCUCUGACUCUAACAUCGACCAUGUUGGAUCUGUUUUCCCAUUAUCCUCUGAGUGUAAUAUCAGCAAACCCACCAGCUUGAGUUCUACAUCCAGCCCAGAACCUAGAGCUCGACUAGGUUCUUCUAAAUUCAGACCGGAUCCUUUUAGUUCAGAAUCAGCUGUGGCAGUUCUGUCUUCCUCUUUGGGACUCUCUCCCCGACCCAGCUCAACAAGUAGGAGUCUUGCUGGUAAAGGUCUUGGAUCUGUUCCAUCUGGACCAAGUAGGGGGAUCCUCAGGAGUCCCGGUUCUGCUCCAGGUUCUGGCAUCGGCCAUUUGUUGCCGCUAGCAACAUCAAGUCCCAAAAACACUUUGGCAACAAAGGGAGGAGACACACAACAAGCCACAGCAUUGGUGACAGUGGAGUCCAAUUCCAGCACAUUCCAGAAAACAAGUCUGACUCGGGGUCUGACCUACGACUCCAUUACUAAGACACCAGCUGAUGUGGCGGCUGUUGUCAAACAUUUACAACUCCCCGACACUAAGGGGACAGCUGCACUAUCUCAGGGGGCUUUGCCUGACAGAUCCGGGUGUUCACCCAAAAAUACCAUCAAGGUAGCAGGCAUCCCAUCAAGCAAACCAGAUCACCUGGGAGGAAAACAUCACACCAGCAUAAUCCCAUCAUUAAGUGAAUUAGGAGUCGAGGGCAAGAUAGACAAGAAGGAGCAGGGGAAGAGUACGGAGAGAGAUGGGCUGGAGCGCUCUACGUCACCCCUUCCCCCUCCUGCUCCCCACUCAACCCAUCCAUCAAAACCCAAAAGGGCCAGGGAGCCAGCGACCUCGAUGGACACCAGUGAGAACAGAGAGGGCCAAAGAGAGCUAGGUGUCCAGGUGGAUGCAGAAGUAGGUUGUCCAUGCUGUCCGACCAGGUGUAGUCCAACCUCCCCAACAGGCGCGUCGCUGUGCUGCCUCCCGGCCGGGCAGCCUUUCCAGCAUGUCUGCAGGAUUGACAUUGAGCUAAACAAUGAAUUGGCGCCGCUGUCGACGAGUUCUCUCCCCGCCGGCCUUCGUACAUACAGCCUCCAACAGAGCCCUGCUCUCGAGUGGGCUACAGGACUCGGACCAGUCCAAAACAGAGAUAUCAGCCCUGGCAGCAUCUCUCAGGACAAGAAGGAGAAGCGAGGCGAAGCAGAAGGUGAAGUCACACGGGAGCAAGACGAGAAGAAGGCGAAGCCACAGGAUGUGGCACGAGACGAGCAGGGGAUGACGUGGGAGGUUUACGGUGCCGCCGUGGACCCAGAGACGCUGGGCGCCGCCAUUCAGACCCACCUGGAGUCGAAACUUCAGCGGCAGGCCAAGCAAAUCAGGAGUCUGAGGAGGUCCAUCCGCACCAUUAGGCUGAGGAAGAGUAGGAGAAGGAAGAAGAAGAAGAGAAGGAAGUCUGGAGGGAUUCUGGGUUGUUGCAGAAAGUCUGAAUUAGCCUAGAAGCUAAAGUUCUGCUGGCUGUACACGUUGCAUGGUUGCAAGGCACAUUAGUUUCUUUGUUUACCACAUGUACCACAUAACUUCCUCCACCAGCCUGAACAUACUGUAUGUCUGUGGAGCUGUCAGUGAUCCAGGUUAUCGGAUCAGUAACAUCUGGACAAAGCCAAAGGUCUUCCAGAUGAAAACUUCCCAUUUGGUUUUUCAAUGUUUUGUAAAGAAAUACACAAAUGAUCGUUGAUCACAUUUGAGUGUUAAAUCCUGCACCUGAAAUAAGCUUUGAUAAUAAGCUUCUUCACCAGCCGCUGCAGCCUUGUGUGGUUUCACAUGAUCAUGGCCGUGUUGGCAGUAUGUAACACACUAAUAUAAAUAACACCUGUCAUGUCUACAUCACCUUAGUCACUGGGCAUUUAGUGUCUUUUUUCACAAGUGCUUCAGUUUCUGUGUUGUCUUAGAAACAGGAGUAUUUAGGUUCAGGAUCCGCUUUGAACUGGAAGCAGGUUUGAGACGACAACUCUCUGCUCACAGGCACUGAAUAUUUUAUCCACUUUCUUUAAUGAAGCGCUGCAUAAAACAGGCUCUUACAUAAUUUUCUCUUGCUUCCUUCUGUCUCUUUGAUGCCUUUUUUUGUCUUCCUCAUCCAAUUCAUAUUUUCUUCCUUAGUUCUCUCUUACUGUUUUAAUUUUUUUCAGCUUUCUAUUGAUGGCAGUUUCUGACACUGGAUAAAAAAGUAUAUACGUCUUGAAAAUAAUGAGAGGGAUAGAACAAGUCAUUAUUUUGAAUGUGUAUUUCAUUAUUGCGGUGAAUCCAAAGUUUCCUGUUCAUUUCUUUCCUUGUUUUUGCAGUUCACUACACCUCAGCAGAGGCGACACGCAACACAAAUAUAUAAAUGUAAUGUUUUGCACAUCUGUGACGUUUCAACAUGUUUGAGGCAAUGCUUCUAUGGUUUGAGUGCUUUGUUUACAUGGC